AUGGUGAAAGCCCCCUUCUAUGACAAAAAUGGACUGAAGAAAGGUGCAUGGAUUCCAGAAGAAGAUGAUAAGCUAAGAAGUUUUAUUCAGAGAUAUGGCCACUCAAAUUGGUACAAACUUCCCAAGCUCGCCGGUUUAUCAAGGUGUGGCAAGAGUUGCAGGAUGCGAUGGUUGAACUACCUCCAGCCAGGUGUAAAACGUGGAAACUUCACCAAUGAAGAAGAGGAUUUAAUCAUCAAGUUACAUGAAGAAGCUGGAAACAAAUGGUCUAUGAUUGCCAAGCAUUUACCCGGACGAACAGACAAUGAGAUAAAGAACCAUUGGCACACGCACCUAAAGAAGCAUGUAAAGCAAAAUCCAAAAACAUCUGAGGUGAAGGAGCAAUUUAAUGAAACUUCCCAAUGCAAAGCCAAGAAAAAUAGAGAAUCAGAAAGUGGAAGUCUUCAUGCCAGUGCUUCCUCUCACCAAAGCUUAGAAAGCUCCCCCUUGUCCACAGAACUAUCUUCCUCUGAACUCUUCUCUUUGAGCUAUGAUCAUCCACCUGUAACUGGCAUAAAUUGGGCUGAAGAAGACUGUCUUACUUCAUUCGAAACAUUUGAAGACACCUUUGGAGACUUUUGGACUGAACCAUUUGUAGCAGGCAACAUGAAUAUCCCAGUUGAGUUUCCAAUAUCUCCAUAUAUUUUAUACCAUGAUGACACAGAUUCGUUUGACAAAGUGAUGCAGGAAUUGCCAAAAAACUAAUGCAAGUUUCUGCCCUACAAGGAUCUAUUUUUAUAAAUAACAAUUGCGCUGUUGACUGAUUGUAAAAUAUUAAAAUAACGCUUGGGAUAUUUCUCUAGCUACAAACAGCCACCUAAAUGUCUGAUAUGUGAAAGCGAUCGUGCACGCAAGUUUAUUCUUGCUGCUUAAUAAUGCUAUAAUAAUGCAGGGAAUAUAUGUUAUGCAUAUAUAGCUUUUGGGCUAGCUUGUUAAGUCCAAUCUCCUAAUG